AUGGAGGAGCUCCGGGAGCCGCUGGUGGGGGACGUGAUUCGAGUUCGCCUCCGCACGACGACGGGAAGCAUCAAGUUCCCCGUCACCGCCCCGGUGUCCACAAGCAUCGAGGCAUUCAAGGGUCUCGCGGCUGCGUCGGCCGUUGGCCAAGCUGUUGGAUGGACUGCAGAACGGAUCGAGCUGUCCCACUAUGGCGAGCCCCUAAAGGAGGGCCGCACACUCUCAUCUUAUGGCAUCAAGGACGGCGAUGAGAUCAUGGUGGGCGGCGUGACGAGCAGCGGAGACGGCUCUGGCCGGCUGAGCUAUUCGGCCGCGCUGCAAAAGGGUGAUGCAAUUGCAAAGGAGAUGAAGGACGACGAUGGUAGGCCGGUCACGAUCCGACUGAGCAGCAGCGGACAGAGUGAUGCCAAACGCAAGAGCGGCCUCUCUCGGAAGCGCUCCUCUUUCCUCAACCCUGCUCGGCCUAGCGGCACGACCGGAGCGUCGGUGCUGUCGUCUGUCAUCACCCUCUCGAGCACUCAGAUGGGCGUGGGCGUCCUCGCUCUGCCGCACGCCUUUGCGCAGUCGGGCCUCUUUGGUGGGCUAAGCCUGCUGGCGUCCGGCGCGGUCCUCGCCGCCCUCUCCAUAUUCCUGCUCAACGCGGCCGGCGCGCGAUGUGGACUCGAGACGCCGACGCUCUUUUCGCUCUGCAACUCCCUCCUGCCCGGCUCGGGGGUCGUGCUUACGUGCGCGCUCACGAUUCAGAUGACGGGAGGCGUGCUCAUGCGCCUGGUCGUCGCGGCUGACAACAUCACCCUCACCUACGGCGCGGUGGAUCGCACCAUCUUUCUCCUCGCCGCUGCCCUCUACUUUGUGCCUGUGACGGUGGUGUGCCUCGCGAUGCUGCUCACCCUCACCACCUACACCAUCUUUGCCGCUUCGGGCUACAUCACCUUUGGCGGUGAAGUCGCGAGCAACGUGCUCAACUCGUACCCACCGGAUGCGCCCGCCGUUGCCGUCACCCGCACCGCCCUCGCCGUCGCCCUCCUCGGCUCGGUCCCGCUUCUAGUUAAUCCGGCGCGGCUGGCCCUGGUCUCAAUGCUGGAGCUCUGCGUGCCACGGGGCAAGCGCCGCGGGCCACAGAUCAGCGUCGCCGGCACAAAGGCCCCGCCGCCGUCCGUCUUUGUGACGGCGCCGCUGGAUAUCGCAGUCAUCCUGAUGUUCGACGCGAUGAUGGUCGCCCUCGCUCUCAACUUCUCCGACCUGGGACAGAUCGUUAGCCUCUCCGGCGCCACCACCGGCGCGUCACUCUUCUUCAUCGUGCCCGCCGCCGCCUACCUCCUCUCCUCCAAGCGCGUGGUCGAUUGCGUCUCGAUCCCCGCGCUGCUGUCGCUGGUCAUGAUCGCCAUUGGAGCUACCGUAAUCUACCUGCACUUCAGCUAG